AUUCGCUACCUCGUCACACGAUGGCUUUGGAGAAGCGCCCGUUGACCGAUACGGUGGAAUCACAUACGACCUCCGCAACGGCAACGGCAACUACAGCCACAGCUGAGACCACAAAGGCAUCUGCCCCUGAAACUGGCUCUGCCGCGGGAGUUGCGACUACGGGAGUGACUGAGAAACCAGCUCAAACGGCAACCGCAAGUGGUACUUCAACUGACCACGCUCGGGGGAAGGCGUCUGAGAGUAAAACGACCGCCGAGGUCAAAACGGCAGAAAAACCCGCAAAAGAAACGGCAAAAGAUGGUGCAGUAGGCGCCAGCACAGAUGCACAGCCGCCUGCCAAGAAAGCCAAGACUGAUAGUGCGAGG